AUGAAACAGUCUUUUGACAAACUCCGGCGGAAACUUUUCCACAAGGAUGAGCCAUUGCCGAAUGCGAGAGUCCGGCUGGAAAACGCCAACUCUAAUGGAAAAACAAAAGACGCCCUCAAAAAUACCGGCAUGUCGCCAUUUCCUAGUGAAUCAAAUGUCUCACAGACACGGUGGAAUAAGAAUGCUCAACCGCAAGAUAUGUGGCAGGUCGCGUAUAGCCAGCUUACCACUGACGAUCAGCAGAUUUUGUCUUCAGCUCCGCUUAGUGAUGAUAGCUCCAGGAGACAUGUACGGACAAAGCACGUAUUGGAUCAGGUUAUACAAUCGACCAAGGAGCAAUAUGAGGCGUAUCAGAGAGGGGGUUUCAGAAUUCAAAGAUCCAGAGCGGAGGCAAUCAACCUUCGAGAUACUGCACAAAAAAUACUCAAUGCAGCCUUAUCGUUCGAGCAUAUUAUCAGUGCGGUUGUCAAUUUCGAUCCCACAGGUCAUGCGUCAAGUGCAUGGAUGAUUGUAUCUCUUGGACUCACGAUGACGCAAAACCAUCAUGACUUGCGAAAUGCUCUGUUUGAAUCCUCAGAGUUGUUGGCUAAUAUCCUUGCUCGAUAUGCCUAUAUUGAAAGAAUCUUCUAUCAGGAGAACCAUUCCGAAAUGAAAGUUCCGAUAGGAAAUGCUAUUGUUCGAGUUUAUACUGCUAUCUUACAGUAUGCGGCGGAGGUAUGGAAGGUGCAGAAAGCCAAUAUUGGGAGAAAGGUGCUAGAAAGUGUCACUGCGAUUACUGAUCAACCACUUUCGAAACUGAAGUCCUACAUCAACGAGGAGGAGCAGAGCUUCCAGAAAUGGGUUCAAGUUGAUCAGUAUCUCCACCACAGAACAGAAGCAGAAAAUAUCUUAGUUCGAAUUGACGAGGUGAUCAUAUCGAUCCAAGAUCUCCACCGGACAUUUGACCUGUCCAAGUUGUCUAUUGCCGAGGGAGCUUCCUUUGACUCAUACAUGGAUCAGCAUGAAGACAUAUGCCUUCCAGGAACACGAACCGAGCUUCUCCAGCAGAUUGCGGAUUGGGCGCAGUCACCAGACGGCAAACAUAUAUACUGGCUAAAAGGAAUGGCCGGGACAGGGAAAUCGACAAUUUCCAGAACAAUGGCCAAGUCCUUUCAGGAGAAACGGAUGUUAGGAGCAAGUUUUUUCUUCAAAAGGGGCGAAAGAGAUCGCGCAACUGCACAGAGAUUUAUCUCAACAAUUAUGUCUCAGUUGAUCAUCGAGAUUCCCCAGCUCAUUCCUCAUAUCAGCAGCGCCAUUAAGAGUGACCCUAAUAUUUCAUGCCGGUCCCUGAAGGAGCAAUUUAAUCAGCUUUUGCUCCAGCCUCUUUGUUCCCUAAAUCCUAUGCAGGAGCAGAACAGGACAAUUGCUUUUGUUUUUGAUGCGCUGGAUGAGUGCGACAAACCAAAUGAUAUAAGAGCAAUCCUACAACUUUUACCAGAGAUGCAAGCAUCCACUGUUAUUCGUUGCCGGACAUUAUUGACAAGUCGACCGGAAUUGCCUAUCCAGCUGGGUUUCAAACACAUGAGGGACAAUGAUCAUCAGGAUAUGAUACUCCAGGAGAUCCCAAUACCCGUGAUAAAGCAUGAUAUUACUUUGUUUCUGAAGCAUAAAUUCUCCGAGAUCCGGAAUGACCACUCACUACCGCUGGACUGGCCUGAAGAAAGCAGUAUUCAGACACUGGUGGCCAUGACGGUUCCACUAUUCAUCUCUGCGGCUACCGUGUGUCGCUUUGUGGGAGAUCUGCAUUGGGAACCAGAAGUACGGCUUGAGAAGCUUCUAAAGGAUCAGAGCAGCUAUGCAUCAAAAAUGGAGAAAACUUACCUGCCAAUCCUGAAUCAGCUUCUCAUUGGUCAAGAGGAUGAGGAAUUAGAACAGCUUAUCCAAGAGUUCCAGGAUAUUAUUGGCGUCCUAAUCAUGCUUGUUACUCCACUCUCGCUUCAUGCGCUUGGCCAAUUCCUUGACGUUCGUCCAGGUGCCAUCAGCAAUCGAUUGAAAUUUUUCCAUUCUGUUCUCAGCAUCCCGAGUGACCCAGAUCUUCCGAUCAGGAUUCUACAUCUGUCCUUUCGGGAUUUCCUGCUUGAUUCCAAGAGAGCCACGAGUCCAUUCUGGGUAGAUAAGGGAGAGAAGCACCAAACGAUAGCGCUUCAUUGUCUUAGGAUUAUGUGCCACUGCUUAAAGAAGAAUAUCUGCAAUCUACCAAGUGACGGAACUUACCGCACGGAGAUAUGUGAACAGACAAUCAGCCAACAUUUACCACCAGCACUACAAUACUCUUGUCGCUAUUGGAUACAACACCUAGUGCAAAGCAAGGACCUUACCACAGGAAUGGAGGAUGCUUAUUCUUUCCUUCAAAAGCAUUUCCUUCAUUGGUUAGAAGCGAUGAGUAUAAUGGGAGUCAUAUCGGAGGUUGUUGAUGCAAUUGAUACAUUACUAUCUACAAUAAUGGCUGAGACAGAACCCCAGUUAUCUGAAUUCCUCCGUGAUGGGAAACGGGUUAUCCUCAAAUAUAUGCAGAUAGCUGACAUUGCACCGCUUCAACUUUAUUGUGCGGGACUAUUUAUUGAGGAGCUACCUGGUUGGAUAAACAGGCUACCGAAAGUAGAAGAGACCUGGAGCGCACUACAACAGACUUUUGAAGGCCACUCGCAUUGGGUUCAGUCAGUGGCAUUUUCACCUGAUGGGCGGCUGCUGGCAUCAGGCUCUGCGGAUAGGACGGUCAAGAUCUGGGAUACUUCCACUGGAGCUCUGCAGCAGACUCUUGAAAGCCAUUCGGAUUGGGUUCAGUUAGUGACAUUUUCACUGGAUGGCCGGCUGCUAGCAUCAGGCUCCAGGGAUAGAACAAUUAAGCUUUGGGAUACCGCCAGUGGAGCUCUGCAGAAGACAUUUGAAAGCCCCUUGGAGUGGGUUUUAGCAGUAGCAUUCUUACCGGAUGGCCGGCUGCUAGCAUCAGGCUCUGAGGACAGGACAGUCAAGCUCUGGGAUACUGCUACUGGAGCUCUACAGCAGACUCUUGAUAGCCACUCGGAGCGGGUUAGGUCAGUGGCACUCUCACCAGAUGGCCGGCUGCUGGUAUCAGGCUCUGAGGAUGGGAGAGUUAAGCUCUGGGAUACCGCCAGCGCAGCUCUGCAGCAGACUCUUGAAAGCCACUCAAGGGGCAUUUUGGCAGUAGCAUUCUCACCUGAUGGCCGGCUUCUAGCAUCAAGCUCUCAGGACGAUACAGUCAAGCUCUGGGAUACUGCAACUGGAGCUUUGCAGAAGACUCUUGAAAGCCAAUCAGAGUGGUUUUGGUCUGUGAUAUUCUCACCGGAUGGCCGGCUACUGGCAUUAGGCUCUAGUCAGAGGAAAAUUACGCUUUGGGAUACCGCAACUAAUGCUCUGCAGCAAAUUCUUGAAGGCCACUCGCAGCGAAUUGAGGCAAUGGAAUUCUCACCGGAUGGCCGGCUGCUGGCAUCAGGCUCUUCUGACAAAACAGUCAAGCUUUGGGAUACUACCAGUGGAGCUUUGCAGAAGAGUCUCAAAGGUCAUUCGAGACUUCAGGGAUCAGGCUCUAAUGACACGAAAUUCAAGCUUUGGGAUACUGCUACUGGACUUCUACAGCAGACUCUUGAUAGCCACUCGAAGAUGGUUUGGUCAGUAGCCUUCUCACUAGAUGGCCGGCUGCUAGCAUCAGGCUCUGCGGAUCGGACAGUCAAGAUCUGGGAUACUUCCACUGGAGCUCUGAAGCAGACUCUUGAAGACCACUCAGACUUGGUUUCAUCAGUGGUGUUCUCACCAGAUGGCUGGAUGCUGGCAUCAGGGUCUAAUGACAUGACCGUCAAGCUAUGGGAUACUUCCACUGGAGCUCUGCGGCGGACUCUUGGUGGCCACUCGGAAUGGGUUCGGUCAGUCGUAUUCUCACCGGAUGGCCGACUGCUAGCAUCAGGCUCUGAUGACAUGACAGUCAAGCUCUGGAAUACUGCUACUGGAGCUCCACAGCAGACUCUUAAGGGCCACUUGGAGAGAGUUUGGUCAGUGGCGUUCUCACCAGAUGGCCGGCUGCUAGCAUCAGGCGCUGAGGACGGGACAGUCAAGCUCUGGGAUACUGCUACUGGAGCUCUACAGCAAACUCUUGAGAGCCACUUGGAGGGAGUUCGGUCCGUAGCAUUCUCACCAGAUGGCCGGAUGCUGGCAUCAGGGUCUAUUGACACGACAGUAAAGCUCUGGGACACUGCCACUGGAGAUCUCCAGCAGACUCUUGAAGACCACUUGAGUUGGGUUCAGUCAGUGGCAUUCUCACCGGAUGGUCGACUGCUAGCAUCAGGCUCCAUGGAUCGAACACUUAAUCUUUGGAAUACCUCUAGUGGAGCCCUGCAGCAGACUUUUAUGGGUCACUCAUGUGUCUUGACAGUGGCAUUCUUAUCAGACGGCCGGCUGCUGGCAUCAGGAUCUGAGAACAGUAUAGUAAGACUCUGGGAUACUGGAGCUCUACGGCAGACUCUUGAAGGUCACUCGGACUUGGUUGAAUCAGUGGCAUUCUCACCAGAUGGCCGGAUGCUAGCAUCAGGGUCUCACGACAUGACAGUCAAGUUCUGGGAUACUGCUACUGGAGCUCUACAGCAGACUCUUGGAGGCCACUCGAAUUGGGUUCGGUCAGUAGUAUUCUCACCGGAUGGCCGACUGCUAGCAUCAGGCUCUGAUGACAUGACAGUCAAGCUCUGGAAUACUGCUACUGGAGCUCCACAGCAGACUCUUAAGGGCCACUUGAAGAGAGUUUGGUCAGUAGUAUUCUCACUAGAUAGCCGGCUGCUAGCAUCAGGCUCUGAGGACGGGACAAUCAAGAUCUGGGAUACCGCCACUGGAGCUCUGCAGCAGAAUUUUGAAGGCCGCCUAGAAAGGGUUUGGUCAGUAGCAUUCUCACCAGAUGGCCGGAUGCUGGCAUCAGGAUCUGAGGACGGGACAGUCAAGCUCUGGGAUACUGCGACUGGAACUCUACAGCAGACUCUUGAUGGCCACUUGGAGAGGGCUAGAGCAGUGGCAUUCUCACCGGAUGGCCGGGUAUUGGCAUCAGGGUCUAAAGACAUGACAGUCAAGCUCUGGGAUACUGCCACUGGAGCUCUGCAACAGAGUUUGACAACCAGUGGGGUAAUCACUAACCUAGAAUUUUCUAAAUACAAUCCGUAUCUCAGCACCAAUAUGGGACUGCUCAACAUCCAACCUUGGUAUAACAAUCAUACCUCUUAUUUGGCCAAGAGUAAUGUUGAGGAGGUACUUAUACAAGAUAAUCAGUGGGUGAUACUCCGGGGUAAACAAGUACUCUGGUUACCGCCAGAGUAUCGACCUGUCUGUUCGACAUUUAGGAUGGAUGGAACAUUCGUACUUGGACAUGCGUCUGGGAGGAUCUCAUUCAUUAGAGUCCAUGCAUAG